CCAUCGUCUACCUCAUCUACUUCAGCAACGCUUAUUAGCCCUGCUCCGUGUCAAAUUAAAUAUGCCGUACCUUUCCCGACACAACCAUUAGUUAUCAUGAUCUAACUACUAGGUUAAGUACUAGUAAGAUAUUUAUUCGGAUCCAGGCACGAUCCUUAGGAGUCUUGAUACUCUUUUACUUCAUCUCAGCUAGUCUAUCAAACUGUAUCGGAGUGAUACCCGGCAUUCGUUAUUUUAGCCAUAUAUGGUCUAGCCACAAUCAUGGCCUGUCAAAGUUCAGCUCAAGGCUUAGAAGCUGCUUCUUCCCGUCUUUUUCUUAUUGGUUCGCCCAUCUGAUAUAUUAUUGCCUUUGCCCCCUCUAACACUCAAACUCACAAAUUGACUACUGUCACUAACAAGCUCUUAUCAUUCCUCCUCUAUGUAUUACUAUAAGCCAACCUAAGAGUUAGGUAGAUUCUCAUUGUAUUGGCCAAGGGCUGCCACCUAACGGCAUCAACGGUUUCAUCCUAACAAACGGAACUCGUCGACCCAAUUUUAUAUCCCUCUCAGCUUUUUCAUGUUGCCCGUCAUGACCCUAGCAGGGGUUCUCUGUAGUACUUAUUCAGCCUGUUCAACUUCUACUAAGUCUAAGGAAAGGAAUUGCCAUUAUAACGAGCUACUGGCUACUGAAGUAGCCAAGCGCCGCUCUGCGCAGGCGUCGCUAUUCGAUAAACUUAGUACGGAGCUGCUAGUUCUUAUCUUUAAACAGUUGCGAGAUGUUGACAGUCGGGCAUUAGCUGGUGCUCGUCAAUUAUCCAGGCGGUUUGAAGCCAUCGUUACACCCAUUCGUUUUGAAUCUAUCCGCCUUAAUGAAUGUAUUAUAUCACUUGAGACUGAGAAAUGUUUUCCCCGGGUAAUUCAAAGUCUAUGUUGGUUCACCAGGCAUGUCGAAGUGAGAAGCGACCUAGAUCCAUCAGCUACUAGGGGGUUAUUGGACAGAUUACAGCGGCUUUCGUCGUUAAGAUGGCGCUACGUGGGAAAACAUCGUUCCGGCUAUUUUUCGACACCUUCUAGUAUCUUAAGUCCAAAUCACGUCAAUAGUAUCAGCAUAAAAUUAUAUAUCGAAGAUCUACCACUACAUGUCUUUGAUAGUGAGUCGCAUGAUAUGGACUUGCAAGCAAUACCUACAAGUAACCUUGUUUCUCUGGAGAUGGUUACUCCUAUACUGUCGCUUAUGACUCGCCUCGAGUCGUUGAAACGACUGCUUAUUGAAGCUUGCUCGAUCGAAACUUUCCUUCACAAUGACCGUGGCCAGGGGACACAAUUCUCAUUUGAGGAAAACGAGCGACUCCCAGCAUUCCAGGAGUUAUCACUUCGCUCAUAUGACUGGAAUCACAGCAUUAAUGAGGUUAGAAAGCAUUGGGACUUCUCACGGUUGCGGCGAUUAACCCUCAUUGAUGUACCUUUAUUCCCAUUUCUUGAUUCUAUACCCUUUUCACAACUUCAUCAACUUCACACACUACAUUGCGAAGACUUUAGCACACAUCUGCCAGACCGCCGCCCGGACGCGACCAGGAAGUUAUACAAGCUCAUCCUACAAAUACGAUCGCUUCAUACACUGAAAGUAACCUGUCACACAAAUCUGUUCCCUAUCUCCGGACUUCUCAGUCACGCCGACUCGCUACGCAUCCUAAGUUUCCGCGACUACGUGGGCUUCGGCGACGAAAGGCAGCGGUGUCCCACAAUGAGGAUUGAUGAUCUCUCUCUUCUUUCCCGUAGGCUCACCCACCUUCAUACGAUCGAGCUAGACAUGGACGUGGCACUGUGCGAGCCAGCCAUGUUCCUCCGCGCACUCUGCGACUUUCCUCGGCUGGAUACCCUCGUCCUUCACACCCAGACAACCCUCCAAGCUUACGAAGGGCCGCAGUGGAACGAGGAUCCCGACUACGAUGCUGUUAUGAAAAUAUUAUCUGCCCUAAUGAGCGGGAGGCGGGGAAAGUCGUGGCGGAGUAUCACGGUCAACGUGGGUGGAUGGAAGCCCGUUAUGGUUCGCCGGAUUAGCGAGGCGUGGCGGCAGCAGAAUAGGCGUGGGUUCUUUGCCGAGAGGUGCUUCGUCUUGGAGAGGGAUGCGGAUACUGGCGAGGUGGUGGUUCGAGAGAAUGUGGGCGUGGAUAAUAACUCCGUUUGAAGAUAAUUAUAUGAACAGCUAAGUAUCUAGCAGGACUACAGACGAAUAUGAAGUUAGUUAGAUAGUAGCUACCUAGGCUAUACCGGGCAGUUCAAAUACACUCUGAUUUGAUUGCCUCAA